AUGAUCAUUUCGGAGAUUCCAUACACUGAGGAAUAUAUCGAGACUUCUUGCAGCCUCCCGAAAUCAGAUGCCAUUCAGCUUGGAGCUUUGACAUGCUACAACAUCAACAUUCAAGUCGAGGUGGAGAAGAGUGACAAACACUCGAAAGGAAUGACAACUUUGACGCUUCGCGAAGUCCCCAAGUUUCUCGUCGAUGCAUUCAAUAUUGUGCGUUCAAAUAUCGAAAAGGAAGGGCUCUUUCGGAAGGCCGGCAACAACGCGCGCAUCAACUCGUUCAGCAAGAAACUCACGGCUAUCUACUCUGGUCGAAAGAAAAUACCUGCGGAACUUAACUAUUUGGAUGUAUGCUCUCUCAUCAAAUAUUUCCUCAAAGCUUUAAAGAUACCUCUACUUUACAGCUAUGAUUUAUCGGACAAACUACUUGAGUUGGCUAAACGGCGCCAGGCUGGAAAACUUAUAAGCGGGGAUGAUGUUCAAAGACUUUUUCGACCACGUGGAAUGCUUCACAAAGAACUUCUCCCGGAAGCACACAUUGGAACCUUGGGAUUUUUGAUGCGUGAGCUAUACAGGAUUUCGCUAUAUAGCGAAAAAAAUGGAAUGACAAUUCAAAAUCUUGCAACAUGUUUUGGACCGACUCUCUUUGACAUCACACCGCGUUUGGAUCGGGAAAAUCUAGCACCGAAGAAAUCUGCAGGGCCUCUACGCGUUUCCAGCCUAAGCACUAUCGAUGAGGCAAAACUAACGUCACAACGUGCCGCAACAGCUGUGGCUAUUUUGAUUGAAAGAGCUACUUGGAUAGGUUUGCAUCGGGAAUGUUAUGUGUCAAGUCAAGUUCGAAGUGCAUCGGCUGCGCCGCUUAAUCGAACCCCAUUAUCACAAAUGCAAACAACGGCAAUCAAGCGAGUUUCGAUGCGUCCUACACAAAAUGAUCAGGGUCUUGUCAGGCAGCCUAGUGAGAAUAUCGCCCCGGCGGGACCAAAUGACUGCAAAUUUAGUAACGCCGUUAAACAUUGUGCUCGGAGAUCACUCGAUUUUCUUGCACAAAUGUCGCCGAAACUUCCCGGUCGCCGAAACAUUCGAACAUUUCUUCGACCACAAAAGUCGAGCGAUACACUUACUUCAGAGGAAGGUUGCCUCUCUGUCGAACAAAUAAGCACUAGCGAAGAAGCUUUAGAUGAUUUUGGACGAGAGCCUGCCCGUCUUCAUUUUGCACCUCCUCAACAACGCUCGCUGAAUACGUCCCCAAUGCCCGAACGGCACGAAGAGAUUCCACAAGAGCGAGCGAUCGAGGCUCCAGAUGUUGAUGCAAAAUCCUUGAACCCAGAACCGGCAAGAAAUGAAGAGCCCGUACGAAUGUCAAGACGCCGCUCAAGAACAACGAUUGAAACUCCGAUGAAUUCAGUGCCAAACUCUCCACAUUUCACGCUCAAGAACUUUCUGCUACCUCCUCCCCCUGAUGUGCCGGUGACUGAUGUGACAGAUUUACCACCUCUACAAACUCCUCAAUUCACUUGGAAAGGCGUAACAUCAAAAGUCAUCAAGGAACGACCCCACAUAUGUCCACCAGAAAGAAGUCUCUCAAGACAACGUAGUGCUGAUGAUUUUGAACUUAGCGAUUGCUAUAGGAAUGCAAUUGUUUCUGCGUCUUCUGCUUCGGAGUUGGAUGUGGGAGGGGGUUUUGAACUGCGGCCUUCAGUUGCCUUCAUUUCUCAGAAUCGAAGAGGCUUGGUUCGAGAUCGUGUCUGUCAAUUUGGAGGAGGGAAUCUUUCGACGGUUUCAUCUGGACGUCCUUCAACUUUAUCCAAUGUUUCACAGCAAUCGGGGAACGGACAGCAAAACAAGCCAUCGACGACGUUCGGAUUGACCGCAAUAGCUCCGGUAUUUUCCCAGCCGACAACGCCACCGUCAAAAGUUCAAAAAACCUCGGGCAAAGAAGUAAAGAAACGCUUGCGCGCAAGCUCGGCUGAAGGAAAGAAGAAUCGCAGUGGAAAGAAAACGAAUCACAAGAGCCAGCCACCAAAACCACCAAAGCAAUCACCGCUGCCGGCGGCGCGCAAAAGGAAAUCGGUGGAAAAGAAACCGGAAAUUGAUCAAAAGCCAGCCAAGAUCGAACAGAAAGACUACGCUUCACUUCCUCCCGGCAUGAAACCCUCCGAUUUCAAGCGACCGGAAGGAGCGGGAACAGAUUUUGUACUCGAUCUUGGACCACCAAAUAAAUUGAAAUCGCCGGCACCACCUCCAAAAGAGCUCCGCAUAAAUCCAUCUGAGCCACAUCGAGUCAGGGCUUUGGAAGUUGAGGGUGGAAAGAACUUCGCCACACUUCCAGAAGGAACCAAGCCCACUGAUUUUGCUCAACCAACCGAGGCUGGCACAGGAUUCGUCUUUGAUAUGACACCUAGUGAGAAGAAGAUUGAGAACAAGGCUGAAAAGAGGCCAUCGACUACGCACCUUCAACAAAAGGAUCGAUCGACGACACCGUUGCGCACUGCUACAGCUUCAACCAGCCAAGAACAAAAGCCUCAUACUUCUGGAAAUGUGCCAAAAAAGAUGAACGCUCUUGAAGUGGAAGGUGGAAAGAAUAUGACCUCGUUGCCACAAGGAUCCAAGCCGGAAGAUUUUGCACAGCCAACUGAAGCCGGAACUGGAUUUGUGCUUGACUUGACCCCAGCGCCAGUAAAACAAGAAAUGGCACUUACGACAGCCUAUCAUGCCGUGAUCCCCAAGCCGAUCGUUGCAGCACCUCCAAUGUCACAAAUGUUAGCCGAUCCUGAGAAAGAAAAAGACAAGAAAGACGAGCCACCAACGGCUCCUCAAAAAAAGACAACUCCGGAACAGACGUUCCCUCAUAAUUCAUCAGGAUUUAAUGGAAUCGUUUCAAUCAAAUCCUCCACU